UCAAGAGAAUUAAUAUAGAGAGAGAGAGAGAGAGAAAAAAAGAGAAGAGAUCUGAAGGGGGUCUGACUCUUUUCUCUCAAAAAAAAAAAAAAAAAAAAAACUAAAUUUUGUCAAAAAGGGUACAAGGGAGGGAUAGCAGUCUUUUUUUUCUCUAAAUCUCUGCCUUAGUUUUUCCUAUACUCUGAUCAGGCACAUUUUGAUUUGUAUUUCAUUGAAAUAAUGGGGAUAGAUGUGGAAGCUAAGUUAGUUCAUGUUCCAGUUGAAGCUGGAAGUGAACAGAUCAAUCUUCUGAAAGAAAAUGGAAAGACGAAUCAUGGUUCGGGGAUUACCGAGCCAAUUAAAUUUGGCUCUCAUGGUACUGAAGAACCUAAGAAGGAGGAAGUAAGCAAAAUUCCUGUGAGCAAUGUUCCGAAGGAUGCAGUUGAGGACUGGCCUGAACCUAAGCAGAUUCAUUCGUUCUAUACUGUUAAAUUCCGGAGAUUUGAAGACCCGAAACUGAAGGCCAAAAUUGAACUGGCUGAAAAAGAGCUACAGAAAAAGAACCAAGCGAGAUCUCAGAUCAUUGAAAAAUUAAAGGCCAGAAGGGCUGAACGAUCAAAGGUAAUUGAACAAAGGAAAGCCCUUGGUGCUGAGAAUAAGGAAUUUUGGAGUGCUAUUGAUGAUAAAAAAAAGGAAAUGGAACCUCUGCGAGAGGCCCUGGGAAAGCUCGGCGUUUCUAGGAAUGCUGGCCGAGAGAGGGGUCCUGUGGUGUGUUCAUCUGAGCAGGAGCUGAAUAAUCUUAUCAAGAGUCUGCAGUAUCGCAUUCAGCAUGAAAGCAUUCCUCUAACCGAAGAGAAGCAAAUUCUCCGGGAAAUCAAACAACUUGAAGGAACAAGGAAAGAUGUUAAAAAUGUUGCUGCUACAAGGGCACAGAUUCAUGAGGCGAUGGGUGAAAAAGAAUCAAUCCAGAACCAGGUCAAACUUAUGAGUGUUGGUUUGGAUGGAGUUCGGAAGGGGCAACAGGAGGUUAAGGCCAAGCUUAAGCAAAUAGAUGAUCAGAUUGAUGGCAUAAGCAAACAGAUCAGCUUAUUGGAUGAGGAAUUGAAGGAAGUUGUGGAGAAGAGGGACAAAACUUAUGAACAUAUUCUGGAAUUGAGGAAACAGCGUGAAGAAGGGAAUUCUUCUUUCUACCAAAACUCCAACGUGUUGCACAAAGUGAAGCAACUCGCAGAUCAAAAGGAUGUUGGAGCCCUUAAAGAGCUCUCUGUUACAGAGGUCGACAAAUUCAUGUCUCUUUGGAGUGGUAGUAAGCCUUUUAGAGAUGACUAUGAGAGAAGACUCUUGCAGUCGCUCGAUAUUAGGCAGUUGAGCAGGGACGGGAGGAUGAGGAAUCCUGAUGAAAAGCCUCUUGUGUUACCAGAACCACCUACCGUCUCCCGUGCCGAGGUUCCAGCAAAAACUAAUGCAAAACCCGUAAAGGAAGAUCCUGCACCUGUUGAUGCUGCUCCUGUUCAGAAAGAACAGAAAGAGAAGAUUAGCAAGCACAACACAAAAAGCACUGAGAAAAAAGAUGUCGUUGAUGAAGAGGAAGUCUAUGGUUUGGACAUACCCAAGGAUAUUAAGCCCAAGAAAAACGAAGUUGAUGAGGCAACACUGAAGGAGAUGAAGAAAGAGGAGGAGAUAGCAAAAAAUAAACAGGCUAUGGAAAGGAAGCGAAAGUUGGCCGAGAAAGCCGCUGCAAAAGCUGCAAAGAAAGCUCAGCUAGAAGCUGAAAAGAAACUCAAAGAACGUGAGAAGAGAGCGAGGAAGAAGGGCGGAUCUUCUGUUCCGGAACCAACCGAGGAACCUACUGAGGUUGCUGAGGAGGAAAACGUGGAGGAAACUGUUGAAACAACCAUUGCACCCAAGUUGAAGGCGCGGAAAGAGAAUACCGUCAGGCAUAGAGCAACACGUGCAAGAGGUUCGGAGCUUCCCAAAACUAUACUAAAGCGCAAGAAAGCAACAAACUAUUGGCUAUGGGCGGCUGCUCCUGCUGCGCUCGCGAUUCUGGUACUUCUAGUCUUCGGAUACAUGUACCUUCAAAAGUAGAAAGAGGUGGGGAGAGUGAAAACAAAAAAAAAAAACAAAAAAACUUUUCGCUUUUAGUGUUUCUACAAUACUGCAAUAGCAAUUUUCUGUUUAGUUAUCAUAACGUUAUUUCUUUUUCUUGCAUCCUAUAGUUUAGGAUGGAAAACCCAUAACGUGUUGCUGGUAGAUGCGGCCUAUCUUGAGAUAACUUACUGAGAAGGGUCUACAUGUUUUUAUUUUGGUUGGUGUAGUUGCAAUUAUUGACAUUUUGCUUAGA